AUGAAUCUGGGAGAGGGCUCGGUUACUCGAGCCGAACUGAUGGGCAUUAUUCAGGGUUUGCAAUGCGCGUGGGAGCUUGGAGUUAGGAAAGCAGUCCUCCAAACGGACUCAAAGGCGGCGGUGGAGCUCAUAAGUUCUGCUAGCUCACUUCAUCCCCACUACCAGCUUGUGCUUCAAGUGCGAAGAUUGAGAGAGCGACAAUGGGAAACUGAAAUUGAGCAUGUCUUUCGGGAGGGGAACGUCGCGGCUGACUUCUUGGCGUCAACGGGGCACUCCCUGCCCUUGGGAGUUCACUUGAUUUCGAUCCCGUCUCCUCUUCUUAAUUUCUGGUUGCUGUACGACCUGGAGGGGAAUCAAAGCCCCAGGCUCAUUUCUAGUGGAUAG